GCCAUGCUGACCCCUAGCCCUUCUCGCGCUUGCUUGUCUCCGUACGAUGGUUGCGAAUGUCCCGUACUUCACGUUCCACAACGGACUCAAAGUCCCUGCGAUCGGCAUGGGAUGCUGGAUGGGCUCUCCGGGUGGCGGAGAGACGGUCGAAAUCAUGGUUAAGAACGCGUUGAAGCACGGUUACCGUCACUUGGACACUGCAUUUGGCUAUGGGAACGAAGAGCAUGUCGGAAAAGCGAUCCGCGAGUCUGGCAUCCCUCGCGAGGAGAUUUUUGUGACGACAAAGCUGCCGAGCAUCCACCAUCACAAGGUCCGCGAAUCAUUCGAGACAUCGCUCAAGGCUCUCGGUCUCGAUUAUGUCGACCUCUACUUGGUCCACUGGCCUCAAUCUGACACCGAGGAGGGUGAGCAUAUCCCAUAUGGCCAAUAUCCCACCGUCGUCGAUACCUGGAGACAAAUGGAGCAAUUACUCGAUACCGGGAAAGUCAAAUCCAUCGGCGUUUCUAACUUCUCUAUCAAGACGCUGAACGAGCUUUUGCCACAUUGCUCUGUCGUCCCGGUGACGAACCAGGUCGAGAUCCACCCUUGCCUGCCGUCGUUUCAGCUCCAGGAGUUUUGCAAGUCCAAGGGAAUUCUGUUGACCGCCUACUCACCUCUCGGCCGUCCGCUGCCAGGUCAAGCAAGGCCGAUCUUUUUCACUGACCCCGACGUCGUGGGGAUCGCGGAGAAGUAUGGAGCGUCGCCCGCUCAGGCCGUCAUCAGCUGGGGUGUUAAGCGUGGAUUGAUCAUCAUUCCGAAGAGCGAGAACGUCGAGCGCAUGAAGGCAAACAUCACGCUUUUGGACCUUUCGGAGGGCGACAUGGCUCUGCUGAAUGGCAUACAUAAGCGGCCGGAGAUGCACAAGUCACUGCUGUCGUACCAUAACUAUACGGACGACGGCUUGAUUUUCGGCUGGACGUAUGAGCAGCUGGGGUGGAACAUGAAGAAGGGUGGCAUCGUGAAGGAUUCGGAGUAGCAUCCGACCGCGGUUCUCCUCGGGGAUGUAUGAUAAGUCUGGCAAUUGAUUCGAGGUGGAUUGCGUCGCGGUGCUUCAUUCGCCCAGAACCAGUAACGCGCACCGCUCGAGUCAAUGGUAACUCGCACAACCAUGCAUCGAUACUGACGGAAUGGUGACUCACGAGGCUCUGGCCACUUCUUGAGAGACCUGAAGCGUUCAGGCCUAUUGCAAAAAGCAGGACUUUUGUUCCAU